AUGAGACUUGCCAGCCUGCUCCCCCUAACCCUCUACCCCCUCACGACUGCGUCCGAAGCGGUAUUUUGGUUCUGCACCGCCCCGCUCCCGCUCGCCCAAGACGCCCCAGGCCAAGCCGCCCUCGUGCACGCCGCGACAGCCUUCACCCGCCUCUACGGCGCAGAACCACUGACGCUGGCGCCGGAGCAGGCGCAGGUUGCGGUCUGCGACGGGCUCCUCUUCGGGCUGUGGAACGGGGCGGCCGAGCCGGGGACGGAGGAUCCCGGCGGCCGGGUGCGCGCGACGCAGGCUGAUCCGGGCAUCGGCACGCAGUGCCUCGGUGCGGCGCAUGGUGGCGCGGCUGGCGUGGCGGAGGACAUGGUGCUGAGCUACAUGUUUGGCGUUGCUGAAGACGGGUGGGAGGACUGGCGGGGCGGGCUGACCGAGGUGAGGAAGUGCGCGUGA